AGGAAGAAAUAUAAUAAAUUUACAUAUCUUUAUUUGAACUAUAUAAGCGUGAAAUUUUAAAUUUUCCCCCAAUAAACCCCGUUUGAUUUUUUUAACGUUUUAAAACAUGACUGAAAUAAAUGUACUAAAUGUUUACCUAAUUUCUAGUGUUGUCAAUUUAUUGCUUGUCUGUGGUACACCUUUGGUCGGUACUACUGUGGAUUUGUCUUAUUUGGGUGAUAGAAUUUAUAAAACUCCAGAUCCGGCAACAGGGGACAAAGUUGAUAACUGGAACGCCACCUCAGACAUAAACCCCGAAGAGUUGGGGGAGUAUGCGGAGGGUGAUAUAGUCUUCACUAAGUCUAAGUUGAGGAACGGAUUAACUUCUGAGAGUUCAAGAUGGCCCAACGGUGAAAUCCCAUAUCAAAUAGACGGAUAUUUUGACGCUGACUCUCUAAGUAAAAUCAGAAGGGCCAUGGAUAUGUAUCACAAAUACACUUGUAUUACGUUCCGUAAGCGGGAACCUCACGAUACCGAUUACAUUUCGAUCGUUAAUUCAAAAUCGGGAUGUUGGUCCAGUGUGGGAAGGGUGGGCGGCGAACAAAAAGUCAACUUACAAAGUCCAUCGUGCAUCACAAGAAUUGGUACCGUGGUGCACGAACUCAUGCACGCCGCUGGCUUUUUACACGAACAAAACCGAGCGGAAAGGGACGACUAUGUGUCGAUUGCUUGGCAAAAUAUUAAACAAGGUCACGAAAAUAAUUUUGAGAAGGCCACAGCCUCAUCAACGUCCGGCUUUGGAGUAGCUUACGAUUAUAAUUCAGUCAUGCACUAUUCGAGUACUGCCUUCUCGGUCAAUGGAAAACCAACUAUAAUACCCAAGGACCCUUCGAAGGACCAAAAAAUGGGUCAGAGAUCGGGUUUUAGCAGGGGAGAUCUACUGAAAAUCAACGCCAUGUACAACUGUCCAGAAAAAACGCCCGAAUUGCCGCAAAAACCUGAAGUGCCCGAUAUCAGUGAUAAUUCCUUAAAUUCCAAUAACAACAAUAAUAAUAAUAAUGGUCCUUUGCUUGGCGCAGCUCAAGGUUUCUUAAGCUGGUUAUUUCAGAAGAAAUGAAUUGCUUUAUUGGUUAAAUAAAACUAGUUUAUAAGUAAUAGAA